AUGUCUCAAAAUAGUAACCCUGCAGUAGUUCUAGAGAAAGUCGGCGAUAUUGCCAUCGAGCAAAGACCAAUCCCUACCAUUAAGGACCCCCAUUAUGUCAAGUUAGCUAUUAAAGCCACUGGUAUCUGCGGCUCUGAUAUUCAUUAUUAUAGAAGCGGUGGUAUUGGUAAGUACAUAUUGAAGGCGCCAAUGGUUUUAGGUCAUGAAUCAAGCGGACAGGUUGUGGAAGUUGGUGAUGCCGUCACAAGGGUCAAAGUUGGUGACCGUGUUGCUAUUGAACCUGGUGUUCCUAGCCGUUACUCUGAUGAGACCAAAGAAGGGAGCUAUAACCUUUGCCCACAUAUGGCAUUUGCUGCAACUCCUCCAAUUGAUGGUACUCUUGUGAAGUACUAUUUAUCUCCAGAAGAUUUCCUUGUGAAAUUGCCAGAAGGCGUCAGUUAUGAAGAGGGCGCUUGUGUCGAACCCUUAUCAGUCGGUGUACACUCUAAUAAAUUGGCUGGGGUCCGCUUUGGUACCAAAGUUGUUGUAUUUGGUGCAGGUCCUGUGGGGCUUUUAACUGGCGCAGUCGCCCGCGCUUUUGGUGCCACCGACGUCAUUUUCGUCGAUGUAUUCGACAACAAGCUACAGAGAGCAAAAGAUUUCGGAGCCACAAACACUUUCAAUUCUUCCCAGUUUUCCACCGAUAAAGCCCAAGACUUGGCCGAUGGGGUCCAAAAGCUUUUGGGCGGAAAUCACGCAGAUGUGGUGUUUGAGUGUUCAGGUGCUGAUGUUUGCAUUGAUGCCGCUGUCAAAACAACUAAGGUUGGAGGUACCAUGGUGCAAGUCGGUAUGGGUAAAAACUACACUAAUUUUCCAAUUGCUGAAGUUAGUGGAAAGGAAAUGAAAUUGAUUGGAUGUUUCCGUUAUUCAUUCGGUGAUUAUCGUGACGCUGUGAACUUGGUUGCCACAGGAAAAGUCAAUGUCAAGCCAUUGAUAACCCACAAAUUUAAAUUUGAAGAUGCAGCCAAGGCUUACGACUACAACAUUGCCCAUGGUGGAGAGGUAGUCAAGACUAUUAUCUUUGGUCCUGAAUGA